AUGAAUAAUGCAUAAUUUGCAUAAAAAUUAUUGAAAUAUGAAGGAAGACUUUAUUCAAGAAAUUUGGAAAUGUAAAUGUAAACCUUACAAGAAGUAAAAUAAGAAUUAAAUGGAUAAUAUAAUCAUCAAAGUCUAAUGAAUAUGUUAGCUAAAUACUUCUCAUAUACAAGUAUUUUAGUUCAAAGAAUCAAAAUUAUUGAAAUUAUAUAAUAAAAAUUCCCUAUUCUUGUAAAUCAUGUAUAAGAUUGGAAAUAAAUAGUUGAAUUUCUAUAAUAAGAAUGUUUUAGUAGUGAUCAUUAAGUAAAUAUAUGAUUUUGAUUUUUAAGUUUAGAAUGUUAUCUCUCCAUGCCUUAAAUUCUAUAGUCCCAGUCUUGAAAGAGCAAUAUAACACUUUUCAUAUAGGAAUUUUUGAUAUAUUUAUCAAUGCUAGCUAUUAGAAAGAAUUAUAUAUUGCUAGUCUCACAUUAUUAAAUUCAGUCAGACUUCAUCAUUCAUACUCAUUUAUGAAUAAAAUAGCUUAACUUCCUGAAAUUAAAAUAUUUAAAACCAAAAAGCUUACAAUAUUACUCAAAUGCACAUUAAUGGCCAGAGCAUAAUUUUGUAACAUAUUUUGGUUUUAUUUUUAAUAGGUUUAUUUGAAUAACCGAUUAGUGAAUUAUUAGCAAUUGUAAGACAAUAGAUAUAAUCAGUUCCUAUGUCAAAAGAAGUAUUACAUCUUUUAUAUAAUUAUCUUAAAAUUGCAUCACAUUUUAAAGACUAAGAAUCUUUUAUCCUUAAAAUCUUAACAUAAGAAGAAACUAUAAAUUGUAUAGGAUAAUGUUCUGAAAAGAUUUAAGAACUUUUUAGAUUAAGUUACAAACAUUAUAAAUUAGAAUUUAAAAUAGUAUAUCUAAUUUAUGGAGAUCAAUAUUCUAAAAAAAAUAUAAUAGAAUCUUUAUUAUAAUUUGAUAAUUUAUACAAUUACACUCUAAAUUUAUCGACAGAAGACUUAAUAUCUUUUUAGGACUUGCUUUUUUAUUCAUAUGACUUUGCUUGUAAUGAAAUAGUCAAAACUGUUAGUGUUUAAACUGAAUAAAAAUUAAUCUAAGUUUUAAUUAAAUUAGAUCAUUUAAUAGGAUAAUUAUUUGAAAAAUAAAUUAAUUUAAGUAAAAAACCUUUUUCAUCAUCUUAAAAAUGUUUGAAUAAAUUAUUAUUACUUUCUGUUUAAUUACUAUCUGCUCAAAUUACAUUCACUGAAUUUAAAGGAACCAAUAGUUUAACUUAUAUUCUAAGUUUACUUAUUAAAAAUUAAAAUACUUAUCUGAUGUUAUAAUCAAUAAAGUUAUUAUUUUCAAUUAAUUAAGUUGAUUAAGCAAAUUAUUUAGCUUCUUAAAUAUAGAGUUAAAAUCCUUAUACUUAAGUAUUUUUGAGUUAUCUUAAAUCUUUAUAAAAUUAUGAAGAAUUUACAUAUUGGAAUGAUUUUUAAAUUAAUUCAACAUAAUAUUUAAUUAGAUAAGAAAUUUAUGACUAUUAUUAAGAAUUUGAUAAAUGUUUAUAAGAAAUUUAAGAAAUUGAAAUUGAUUAAACUAUGGCUAUGGAAUUAUUUUAAAAAAUUACAAAUCUACUAAACAAAACUACAAUUUUAAGUGCAAAAAUUGAGUUCUUUUCAAAUAGAGCUUAUGCAGAAGAUGCUACAUUUUUUUAAUUCAUCAUUUUAGAUAAAAUAAAUUUAUGUUUGUAAAGAAAUUAUCUUGAUUUGGAAAUUGAAUCUUUAAAUUAUGAGAAUUCUAAUCUUAUCAUUCAAAAACUAAUUGAAUAUAACAAAAGUUUUUUUAUUAAAAAAUUCUUACCAAAUUUAAGAAAAGAUAAAUUAAAAGAGUUUAUCAAAUAAAUGAGAAAUUCUAUUUACAAUUAUCCAAGAAUUUUAUUAUAAUUAAUCUAAACACCAAAUUUAGAUAUAUAAUGUACACAAGUAGAAUAGUAAGGAUCGCAUACACUUUUAAGAUUUUCAGCUCAUCUAAUCUCAAAAGAAAAGAAAACAAAUUGUUAAUUGUUUUUAAUAUACUCUGUUAAUAAUUAUUAAGAAAUUCAAGUUGAAAUGAUUAUGAAAGAAUAAAAAUGUAAAUAAAUUAAAAAUUAUAUAUAGCACUUUUGAAUAUUGUUGUAGAGGGUAAUUCAAAUAUUUAAUAUAAAUUAAUUUGCAAAUAUUAAGGCAUUUUAGUCCUAUAAACAGAAGUUUAAAAUAUGAAUAUCAUUUGUAUAUAAAAUUGA